GCAGCUUAGCUUUCUGAAGAUUCUGGGCGAUGUCCUGGAAGCAUGUCGGCAUGGAGCUGUUUGCCGAGACAACGACCGGAUAGGCUUCAAGCAGGCUGUUGAUAGAGCGCGGAUGAUCUCGGCCAAUUCCGUCUUCAAUUCCAAGAUCAGGCGUGCGGUGGCCUCGCCACCAGGGCCUGGGCUUUCCCCCACAGAGCAGCAAGUCAAGCAGGACCGCACAUCUUCGAGGCCGAAGCAGAAGGGCCCUCACGGGCCAGUACUCCUGCCGACCCCACCUGUGCGCGAGAUGAACACCAUCACCGAAGCGGAGAUGGAGGAGGAUCAGUCCGUUGAGAAUAUAGACAAGCUGCUAGACAAGAUGCCAGACAAGUCGGACAAGCAACGCGCGGCCAGUUAUCGCGACAUGGGCACUCAGGACGUGGAAGAGGUCUUGCGCCCGAGAAGCACGGGAGACUUGCCAGCAUAUGACCCUGAGGACGACGACGAUGACGAGGAAUCCAUCAGACCGGACCAGCUGGAGGACGAGAAUGAGGAGGAAGAGGAGGACCGGCCUCCGCUCAGUCCUGGCACUUCCAGCGAGGACGGGCAAGGAUCGCCCUUCUUGCCAGUUUUAAUCACCAGCCACGAUGGCCUUGCUGAGGGCAGCGGCGCCAUGAGCCCGGUGCUGGCAGAGGCAGCCAUGUCUGCUGCCAGCUGUCCUUUACACAAUCUGCGAGGACAGCGUCCGCGGCCUCCUGCAAGCUGUACGAGUCCAGAACCGCCUCCAGUGAAGCAGGUCUCCUUCAGGAUGUGUGGGAACGCCGAGGAGAGCUCCAAACACACCGAGGCGGAGCCUUCGCGGCCGCGGCGCCCUUCGCAGGGCCCGAGUUCCUCGUGCCAGAAGAAGCCGCCGGUGCUUCCCUGGCCGGCCUCGGGAAGCGGUUCGGAGGCUGAUGAUGUCCAAGCCAUGUCAGCCAGCUCGGAGCCGACCCAUUGCAAGAGUCUGCAGGGCAAGUCCACCGCGGAGACGCUUUCAUCAGGGGGCAGCAAUGUGCCCCCGCCAAAGACAGAGACGGCACCACCCAUCCCGGCCACCGACUCUCAGGCACUGGGCAUUGCAAACGAGGACCUCGUUUGCUGUGAUGCAGAUGAAAGGAAUGCCUUGCAGAGUUCGGUUGAGAGACCGACGGUCAAGCUUCCAACGGCCAGUGGCAGGUCUAUUGUGCCAGCUUCGGGCCCGACUGCCCGGGCAAGGGACGAGCAGCCAGAGAUGGUUGCCAUGCCUCCCGAAUCCCCGCGGCCUCUGCGCUUUCUCUCCCGCAGUCGUCUUUUUAACUUCCGUCGCGGCUAG